AUGGAGCCUUCAACCUCCUCUUCGGAAGGCGCUCUGCGUAGCGCCGACAAUCUACCUUCAAAUCCGGCCCCUUCCUGUGGGCGCACAGACCCUGAGUCUGCCCAACCCGAUCAAAUUGCCUCCGGCUCGACGCCGUCGUCGGCCUCCUCGCCUCCUGCCUGUUCACUUCCCGCGGCUCUGCCUGACCCAGAGACUCUUCCUCCGGUGCUUCCUCUCGCGUCUUCGCCCUUACCUGCCUCUGCGUCCGCUUCGCCGGCCAUGGUGCACAUCGAGGCUUCGUCGAAGCGCCGGCGCCUCUUCCUCGGAGAGGACUGGGUGGAGAUUACCCCGCUUGGCGCGGGCUGUGAGGUGGGUCGAUCGUGCGUCAUCGUUCGGUACAAAGGCGUUACCGUGAUGUUUGACUGCGGUGUCCACCCAGCCUACAGCGGCUUGGGCGCCCUCCCGAUUUUUGACGCCGUCGACAUGACCAGCGUCGACGUGUGUCUGAUCACGCACUUUCACCUGGACCACUGCGGAGCGCUGCCCUACCUGGUGACCAAGACUGCGUUCCGCGGCCGCGUCUUUAUGACGGAACCGACUCGAGUGAUUUCGAAGCUUGUGUGGCUCGACUACGCGAGAAUGAGUGCCUUCUCGCAGGCCCCGGAGCAAGCGAACGCGGCAGCCUCCCAGAGGGCUUCCAGCGGCCAGGGCGACAAGAGCGGCGCAGGCAAUUAUUUGUACGACGAAGACGACGUCGAUAAGACGGUGCAGAUGGCUGAGUGUCUCGACUUCCACCAGCAAGUCGAAGUCGGCGGGGUCAAGAUCUCCUGUUUCGGUGCCGGCCAUGUUCUCGGCGCGUGCAUGUUUCUCAUCGAGAUCGGCGGCGUCCGCAUGCUGUACACUGGAGACUUUAGUCGCGAGAAGGACCGGCACGUGCCCAUAGCCGAGGUCCCGCCCGUCGACGUCCAGCUGCUGAUUUGCGAGAGUACGUACGGCAUCCACGUCCACGACGACCGGCAGUUGCGUGAGCGCAGGUUCCUCAAGGCCGUCGUCGACAUUGUGCUGAACCGCGGCGGAAAGUGUCUGUUGCCGGUCUUCGCUUUGGGUCGAGCCCAAGAACUGCUUCUCAUUCUCGAGGAGUACUGGACCGCGCAUCCGGAAGUGUGCCACGUGCCCAUACUUUUCCUGUCUCCGCUCUCGAGCAAGUGCAUGGUGGUCUUUGACGCGUUCGUCGACAUGUGCGGAGACGCAGUGCGGAACCGCGCGCUCCGCGGAGAGAAUCCAUUUGCCUUCCGAUUCGUCAAAAACCUCAAAAGCGUGGAGUCCGCUCGAGUGUACAUCCACCACGACGGCCCCGCGGUCAUCAUGGCCGCCCCCGGCAUGCUCCAGAGCGGCGCGAGCCGCGAAAUCUUCGAGGCUUUGGCGCCAGAGUCAAAGAACGGCGUCAUUCUCACGGGCUACUCGGUGAAGGGAACGCUCGCGGACGAGCUGAAACGCGAACCGGAAACGAUCCAGCUCCCCGACCGCGUCCUGCGGCGCAGGUGCUCCUUCGAAAUGAUCUCCUUCAGCGCCCACUCGGACUACCAGCAGACGCAGGACUUCAUCGGGAAACUGAAAGUCCCGAACGUCGUCCUUGUCCACGGCGAACGCGGAGAAAUGCGGCGCCUGAAGGAGAAACUGGAAGAAGAGCGCCCAGCGCUGUGCGUCUUCACCCCGGAAAUCCUCCAGAAAGUCAGCCUCCAGUUCACGCCGUCUCGAUGCGUGGUUGCCGCUGGGAAGCUCGCAGACGACAUUCAGAGGUUUGCGGAAUGCGCGGACCUCGGGACGCAGCCCGCAGAGAGCGUUGAAGACGCCGCCGGCAAGCGAGGUGUCGCGGAAGGCGGCAGUGCCGCAAGAGAAGCCGAGGGGAGUCUGGAUAGCUUGCAAGCACCAGAGAGCCCCGAGGCAGAAGGCGCGUCCGGAGGUCCAUCGGAUACACCGGCGAAAAACGCACCGAGCCGAGGGCCGGGCGCCGCCCAAGUCGAAGGCGUGAUUGUCGUCCAGGAAGGCCAGCAGCCGCUGCUGCUGUAUCCUGAAGAUCUCACCACGAACGGCCGCAUUCCCGUGACGCGCUUGCGGCAGAAGCUCCGCUUGCCGUUUGUGCGGCCUCUCGGAACGCUCCGGCAGGCUCUCUUGCAGAUUUUCGAGGACAUCGAAGACGACGAAGCCUUGGAGUCGCCCGCUGGGAGAAGCGAGACAGACGACGCCUGGAUCGGGCCGGAGGGCGAACGGAAAUCGACUGCGGAGCUGCAGCCCGCUCUGGAGAACGGGGAGAACACGUGUGACGAUACGAGUGGCGCGGAGCCAGCGAAAGAUACGACGAAGCAGACGGCGAGGAUCGCGGGUGCGUCUCGUGUGCGUGAAGUCAGCAGUGUGCAAAAAGAUCAGAAAGUGGACGUGGAUGCACACCUCGUCCUCGACGACGCGCCCCUCUCGGACCGGGGCUUCGUGGUUGGUGACGCCGUUCGGGUGUACCGACACCCGCGGCAUCGGGAAGAAAUUGUGGUGGAGUGGCUCACCGGGCCAACCGCGGACUUAAUUGCAGAUUCCGUCAGUUUCCUCGCCGUGGACCUCAUGCGUUUGCCCAGCACGCCAGAGGAAAUGAUUUUCUCGUCGCGUGAGGCUCAGAGUGAGGCCGUCAUCGUCGAUGUUCUCGUCUCGCACCUGGAGCGGCAGUUCGGCCCGGUCCAAGUUGUCCCGGCGUCUCUGUCCGACACGGAGGGCGCCUCGAAGGACGCACGAAAAGUGAAAUCUGAAAAGGAGCUCGGUGCCGGAGACUCUUCACCACAGGGGGAAGACGGACUGCGUAAAGCGCAAGAAGAAGGCAACGUCCUUCUUCGCUUCUCCGUGAGAGACAUGGGUGGCUCAGCAGGCGCCGCAGCCAGUGCAGAGGACUCGAAGGGCACUGAAAAGGAAAAAAGCGACGAGAAAGAACUGAGAAAAGCGGAGGAGCAAGACAAAAUUCCUGUCGAAAUCGACAUGGCCAAGAGAAUAGUGCGGUGCAAAAAUCAGGAAUUGCGGCAGAAGAUUCACGCCAUGGUCCGGCGGAUCGAAGGCGCCCUCCUCCCGCUCCCGCUUUCCUAG